CCCUUUACCAACACUGGAACCGGCGCAUUGUUUUGUGUUUAUGUGCCAUUUUAGUGGAUUUCGAAGAAUCUGUGGGAUUUCACCAUGUCCGUGGUGAUUGAGACCACUCUCGGCGACCUUACGGUUGACCUGUUUACCAGCGAGCGGCCCGUGGCCUGCAUGAACUUCCUGAAGCUGUGCAAGCUAAAGUACUACAACUUUAACCUCUUCCACACAGUUCAGCAAGGUUUCAUAGCGCAAACCGGCGAUCCAAGCGGCGCCGGCGAUGGCGGGUCUUCCAUUUGGGGAGUGGUGGAGGGGCCACAAAAGCGCUUCUUCGAGGCGGAGUCUCUGCCGCGGAUCUAUCACUCCAGUCCUGGAAUGCUGUCGUUGGUUAGUGCCGGCAAGAGCUUGGUGGGCUCUCAGUUCUUCUUUACGCUGGGCGAGAACCUGACGUCGUUGGACGGUGCCCACUGCGUCAUCGGUGAGGUUGUGGAGGGGCACGAGGUCCUGAGAAAGCUAAACGAUGCUAUUGUGGACGAAAGCUUUCGCCCUUACCAGGACAUUCGCAUCACCCACACUGUGGUGCUGGAGGAUCCGUUCCCAAACCCACGCGGCCUGCAACCUCCUAAUCGAUCUCCAUCGCCGAAUCCCGAACGGCUGAAGAACGGUCGCAUUGCUGCCGAUGAAGAUAUUGAUGACACUGGUGGCAGGACCAUGGAGGAGAUGCAGGAAUUGCUUGCCGAGCGAGAGGCCAAGGCACGCGCCACUAUCCUUGAGAUUGUGGGCGAUUUGCCGGAUGCGGACAUGGCUCCACCAGAAAACGUGCUCUUUGUGUGUAAACUUAAUCCAGUUACCACGGAUGACGAUCUGGAAAUUAUCUUCAGCCGCUUUGGAGUGGUUAAGGGUUGCGAGGUGAUCCGCGACCGCAAGACAGGCGACUCUUUGCAGUACGCCUUUGUGGAGUUUGAGGACCAGAAGUCUUGCGAGGCUGCCUACUUUAAAAUGGACAAUGUUUUGAUUGACGACCGCCGUAUUCAUGUGGAUUUCUCGCAGUCCGUCUCUAAAGUAACCUGGAGGGGCAAAGGACGUGGCGUGGUAGGAGACGAUGGCAAACUGGAUUUUGACAAUUUGCGGGACAAUAACGACCGUAAAACUCACAAUAAUGGCAGAGGAAGAUCCGAUAAUCAUAGGGACUCCAAGAAGCAGGAGGAUCCAAGAAGUAGAAUGAGUUCGGCGGAGCGACGCAAGGCGAGAAAGCAGCGGCAUCUGGAGCAGAAGCAGCAAGAUGAUCGUAAUCACACACGAAGACGAUCAAGAUCCAGAGAUCGGCGACGAUCUACAUCCAGAAAUCCUAGGGAUUUCAAUGAUAGAAGACAGAACACUCAUCAGGAGCAAAGGAAUCGUCGUCGUUCCAAUUCUAGAGAUCGAAAUGAUAGAAUACCUUCAUGGUCAAGAAACAAUACAGAGAGGAGACGUUCCCGCUCAAGGGAUCGAAUAGAAAGACGUCCUAGGUCCAACGAUAGAACCGAACAAAGGCCCUACCGAGCUAGAGAUGACCGGCAGGAUAGGUUUCCUCAAGAUAGAAGACGACAUGAAAAUGAAGGGAGACAGCCCAAUAAAUACCGAGAUAAAUCCCCGGAAUCAAGGUAUAGUUCAAGAAUAUACCUUUCUAGCUUUGGUUAUUAAUUAAAUCCAUAUUUUUCCAGGCACCAAACUAGACGUCAAGAGUCCAGGGAACGGGAGAAUGGGAAAAACUCAAAUCGAAACCGGAGCCCUGAACGAAAACGAAAGGUUUCCGAGUCGGUGGAAAGGAGAAGUAAGAAGUCAAAACGAGCAGCCAGCAGCAGUUCAGAAUCCAGCGAAAGUUCCUCGGAAUCGGAUCCCACGUCCUCAGAUAGUUCAGAAGAUAGCUCCAGCAGUUCCUCCUCCGAUGAGCGUAGGAAGCGCAAAAAGUCAAAAAAGUCCAAACAGAAAAAGUCGAAAUCCAGCAAACACAAAUCGAAAAAGAAGCAUCAUAGAAAAUAAAAAUGAACACCAUUCUUCAACGAUAAAUUUUUACUAUAACUAAA